AUCAGCUGUGUCCAAUCACAGCUGAUCACAUAGCACUAAUAAUCAGUGUGCCCUGAUGAUCAGUGUAGCCCCAGCAGUGCCACCUGUCAGUGUCCAUCAGUGUCAGCUGUCAGUGCUCAUCAGUGCCACAUGCCAGUGCCCAUCAGUGCCACAUCAAUGCCACAUAUCAGUGCUUACCAGUGCACAUCAAUGCAACAUAUCAGUGCCCAUCUGAGCUGCCUUUUUAGUGUCACCCAUCAGUGCCAGUCAGUGCCACCUAUCAAUGCCAAUCAAUGCCAUCUAUCAG